AAAUUAGUCACAAUGCAGGUCUCAUUAUUUUUAGUGUUAAUAAGUUUUAGCACUUUUAUUGAUUGCAUCAGUGCUACCUGCACUGUAUCCAGUGAAGAUGGAGUUAAAAGUUUAAAAUGUCAACACACAAGCCUGGAGGAAAUUGCUGAAAAAAAGCAUGAAACAUUCUCAAGCAUAUUUAUCACACUUUCAAAAUUGCCAAGUAUCCCAGCUAAUACAUUCGCAUCUUUUGGAUCAAUGGUACAAUCCUUAACUCUUCAAAAUUGUCAAAUUUCGACAUUGGACUAUGAUGCUUUUAACGGCUUAACGAAUUUAAAGAAAUUGAGCUUAGCGAAUAACAAUAUUUCGAAUGUUCCAUCAGAAUGGUUCAAUGAUAUGCGUUCUUUGGAGGAGUUGAAUUUGUCCUUCAACCAAAUCAAAUUAAUCGAAGCUUCUGUCUUCAGAAAGUUACUCAAUCUUCGAAAUCUCAUUCUGAAUAAUAAUCAGAUAAAUUGUUUAAUACCCGGAGAUAUUGAACCGAUGAGAAGUCUUAACAAUAUUCGAAUCGAAGGGAACCCCUACAAUUUUAUUUGUCGAGGAAAGUUAACUCGUUGGCUGAAAGACAAAGGAGUGAUAUAUGCGAGUGAGGAGGGUGGAUUCAAAUACCGAGAGGACUUCCUCGACAGUUUAAUUUGGCGAUGUGCCAUCGACCCGGAAAUUGGCUCUUCUGAGACAAAGAUGAAGGAGUGCGUUCUCUUGAAUUUGUACAAUCAAUUGCAAACGGCCUUGGUGACCUCGUGUUCUUUUCCCUCAGUUGCGGCAGAGUGCAUCAAUGAGAGGAGUGCACUUCUGAAUUGUAUACAGCAAAGUGGAAAUGGGAACAUCAAUAAUGGCGAGGCUGUUCGCAAAUUGCUGCUGGCACUGAGGAGUGGCUAUAAACGUUAAAACUAACAAAAACACAGCAAAACAUAAAAAACAAAAAAAAAGCUAUAAAACUCUCGAGAGAAACUCUCGUGAUGAGCUGAAUUAUUAAAAUACAAGUGAUUCUCAAGCGAAAAUGUAGAACAAAUGGUAACAUUCAUUCUAGAAAAUGAAGGAAAAGAGGCAGCAAUUUUCUUUUCUGCCUUCACAAAAUGUUUUAGUACGUGUUUGUGUGUUGAAAAAUAUAUUCAUUCUUAGAGCAAAA